AUCCUGUAGAGCUUUACUCCAAAUUUAUAUUUUUAUUAUUUUUUAGUUUUACAUUGAAAUUUACAUAUGAGGGACCUAUAAAAUGUGAUUUGGAUGAGCAGGUAUUGUCCAUAUUUUUCUCUAGGAGGGAACACCGAACUACAAAUCAAACUUUUUUGGGGAAGAACCACAACUUUAGGUUAAAUGGCACUAACUUAUGAAGUACUAUACCAUGAUAAGGAAUUGUGUCUUGAAUAUAUUGUGAAAGCCACAAAGUUUUCGAUCUUAAAAUGGAUAUUAUGGACAACUGCAUUCAACAUUAUAGGAUUAAUGUGUCAUCUGCACCACCAAGACUGGCGUCUACUGCUCGUAGUAGCUGCCUCUCUUUGUAUAUGCCUAUUACUCAAGAUAUACCUUAAAGUUGUCCAGGAAUCCUUAUUGAUUGUAAAAUCACUUGGAGUACAACAAACUACAACAUUUGCAACUGGCCGCACAAAAUCUACAUUCUUUAAUGAUAUUGACAUUAAAGCACUUGUAAUUAACGAGGCUGUGACAAUGCAUACUAUAACAUCCUACUUGGCCAUCCUGCUUAAGACAAACCCCACAAAUACACCACCGAUCAAAAUUGCUCAAAAUGGAUAUACUCAAGAAAGAUACAUUGACAAUACUGUUGUAUUGAAAGCUGAAGAAAAGACAAAUGAAUUCAAGGUCGUGCCACUGUAUACCUCACUGUGGCCAAGAUUGCCAUUUCUCAUAUCUGUUUAUCAGGGAUCACAAAUUCUCAGUUUAAAUCAGAGACAUGAAAAGAUUUCUUGAGACCAUUUACCAUUACCAUUUACCUUGAGACCAUUUUUUAUAUUUAUUGGAGCUCUCAUAAGAAUACUGGACUUAAAAAUAAUUACAAAAACAAGACAUCCGAAUUGUGAACAUUGAGUUUUGAAUGCACCUACAGUGAGACCUGAAUAUCCAAACAUCUCUGUAAUAUGAACAAAAAUAAGGCAUAUAAAGGGGCAACAAGGACUGUAG